AUGUGUAUUCUGUUUGCACUGAUCGAGGCCACAGGCUCGUUUGAGUCUGUGGUCGUCCAUCUCCGUGACGAAGACCCGGACAGACCCACUUUGCCGCCGCAGUUGGGCCAGCCGGCGUAUGCUGCGAUGCCGGAGCGGAACGAAGCUGGCAGGUCGAGCAAUGAGCCAGAACCGAGCGAAAGCACCGUUUUUCCUCCCAACAUCGUGGCUGGACUUGAUGUGCAAGCGGGCGGGACGUGGAUGGGCUUCAAUCGGGCGACAGGCACGCUGGUAGCGCUGACCAACGUCCGCAACAAACACUUUCCGCCGCCGCCGGCAGACGUCCGCGCCUCGCGCGGCGACAUUGUUCGCCGGUUGCUUGAUGUGCCUCUGCUCGAGUAUGUGCGCUCCGCUGGCAUCGAUCCGGCGGCCCAUCCAGACUGGGCGACGGCAGAUCCGCGGGUCGAGCUCGAUCUCGGCGCCGCGUACUCGGGCUUCAACAUCUUGCUCCUCGACGCGUACAACCCGGACUCUGGUGCAUUCACACUCUCCAACUGCUCGCGAUCACGGUUGCAGCCGUUUGAUGGUCAGCGCGCGCUGCUCUGCAAGGUCGGAGGCAAGCAUGUGGCGUUCUCCAACGGCGUUCUCGGCGACUCGUGGCUCAAGGUCGAGUGGCUGGCGAGCCACCUCGCGCCCGCCAUUCGCGCUCUGCCGCGCGAGGCCUCGAUCGACGAUCUGCUAGCCGCUGUCGAGCCACUGCUUCUCACCGAGACUAAGUUCACGCCCGCCGAGCUCGACGCCGCCGAGGGUGAUGUCGCCGACUCGCCGUGGGCGUCAAGUCAAGAGUACUUUCUGCGCGGCAACGUCUUUGCCGCGCCCGGCCGGAUUCUGGACCAGAAUACGGUGACGCGUGCGCUCAGCAUCGUGGUGACUACCCAACACACCGUCUCGUACGCAUACACGAGUACCCAUCCGCUGCCCGACCCGCGGCCGGAGCGACUCGAGUGGACGGUCGCACAGUAUCCCCGCCACAGGCAUGUAUCCGGCCGGCCGCAGCUCGCGAUCGGGCCCUCGCUUGCCGACGCAACCGUAGCAGCAUUUGGAGCGUGCUUUGUCACUUUGCUCGGUGCGCAGCUCCCGAGUGCCGACGCCGAGCAAGUGGCAUCGCUCAUCGAGGGUGUGGCGACCUGCACCGUUCCGGUGGAGCUCGUCCACGACGUCGACACCGGUAGGACUACAAUUGUGCGCGAGGGUGGGGCCGGCGAGGCGGAGGCGCUUGGUCCGCUCCCGCUCGGCCACUACAGCCAGCCGCUCUUCUCGCAUGGCCACACUGCAGAUGCGUGUCUGCUCGACACGGUUGGGUUUGUCUUGGAUGUCGCACCGGUCGCGCUGUGCGCCGCGGUGCUAGUCUUUGACGCGGCGGGCGCAGUCCUCGCAACUCGCCGCCACACCGGCCCAAUCUUCCCGCUCAAGUGGGUGUUCCCCGGUGGACGCGUCGAUGCGGGUGAGUCUCUGCCUUGCGCUGCUGUCCGCGAGCUUUACGAAGAGACCGGGCUGCAGAUUGCGCCAGAGAUGCUGACCCCGAUCGGAGUCUGGGAGUCCCACCUGGCCACCAUCGAGCGCGCAUAUGCUAUCGUGUACUUUGCGGCAACGCUGCCCGACUCACCGCCGAUAGAGUCGCUCACCUUUCCAGCAGCCGAGGUCUCGCUCGCCGCCUGGAUUCCGGCGACGUGGCAUGAGACCAUCAUCGCCGACGACGACACACUCGCGCCAGGGGCCUCGCAAGCAGCGCGCGCGCUCGAAACGGUGGGCCUGGUGAUUGGCGCCGAUGGAAGCCGAGCAGCCCAGGUCUCGUGCGAGCAGCUCCGGGUGCUCCGGCACGGCGAUAGCGGCAUACUCGAGGAGCUUGCGGUCGGGCACAAGUUUGCGCUCGCGCUGGUCAUGGCGCAGCGAGCGAGGUGAGGUUCUGUGGGCGGAUUAACACGCUGUGGUUCAUUACGGA